UUUACCUCCGCGAUUCCUCUUCCUCAGUACCCUCGCCGCUGAGCCCGAGACCCAGGAAAACGUUCUCAAAACCUGCCGUCGUUUGAGCUGUCUGCCAUGGCUUCUGACAGCGCAAAUGUUAUCUUCGAUGCUAAUGAUAAGGAACUCACCCAUGAAGAAAUCUGGGACGACACACUACUGAUCCAGCAGUAUGACGAAGCAAUGGCUCAGGUGCAGCGCCAGUUGCACAAACGCAUGUCGCAGAACAACACCACAGAGAGUGAACAGUCUGAGGCCCCGCAGUCGGAGAGGAUCACCAGAUCCCUUCCUCAGCAGUAUCCGAAGAAGAAGAAGAAGAAGAAGAACAAAAGGAGGACGGAGUGGCACACAGGUGAUGCAUGCCGAGCACGAUUUUCGGAGGAUAAUGUCAUCUACGAGGCAACAAUCAUUGGCAUGAACACUAAAGAAGGAACCUGCGUUGUGCGAUACGUCGGCUACAACAAUGAAGAGGAAGUUCCAUUAAGCAAACUCCAGAAGUCCAGGGGAGAGUCGGCCCGCAAGCAACAGGAAGAUGACGCUGACUUUGAUAACUCGGAGGCAAGCAGUUCUGUGGCUGAGAGUGACAUUCAAACUGAUACCGAUUGCGAACGGUCCAGCAAGAGGCAAAAACCACGUCAUAGACAGUAUUCAGAUAUGAUGCCUCCCCCUAAGCUCCCAACAAGUGGACCAAGUUUUGUGCCUCCGCCACAUCUGCCACACCUGCCGCCACCGCCAGCCCUGGCCAUGGACCUUCACAGCAACCCCAGCACAUCAGAGGCCCUCCACACGAUGCUCAUGAGUUGGUACAUGGCUGGGUACCACACAGGAUAUUACCAGGGUCUGAAGCAGUCCAACUCUCACAGAGAACACAUGUGUUGAAACCUUGUUACAAGUACAAGUGGUCCGUACUUUCUUUUUUUUCUGGUAUUUGUAUAUUAUAUAUAUAUAUAUUUUUUAUCCUUUUCUUUUUUUUUAUGUAUUUAAGUAAGGUCCUCAACUUUUGCUAAUAUAUCUCAGAAGUUCUAUGUCACUGUGAUUCAUUUAUCAUAUUAUCUCUAACGUUUUACAGAGGGUUGAAGUUUAGUUUGUGUUAGUAUUCAUUACUUUAACGGAUGAAGUAUGUAGCAUUCUGAUAUUUGAAUAAUUAUACUGAUGCCAAUAUUUUCUAUAUAUUAAAAACUAGUGGAAUGUU